AUGAUUAUGGCGAUCGGCUUCACAACGCUUCAGCGUGCGGGGGAGGCGCAAGAUAUUGAUAAGGAGGAGUCCUUUGACCCAUGUCUGAAGAUGAUUCUUCACGAGUGCCUUUGUCGCAUAGAUGAGCAAUCGGCAGGUACACUAUUACUACUGGGUUUAUACCUUCUGUUCAAGCCUGACGAUAUUGAUCCUCGAGCCGUUGCGGGUGUUCUGACCCGCCAUGCACUUGCGAUCGGGCUCGUCAAUGAGCACUCAAACAGUCAAACCCUGACAGCGCGUGCGCUAGAGCUACGACGUCGACUAAGCUGGUCUAUAUAUGCAUUCGAUCGGAUGAUCAGCAUUUCUUACGGCAUUCCAUUCAGCUUCUCCGACGACAGGAUGCAAGUUCCAUUGCCCAGCAUUAUGAUUCACGAAUAUGCCUCUGAAGAGGGACAUCAAUACACGAUCGCGCUGCAGGUCAGCCGACACAUUAUUGCAUUGCGCCAGCUCGAGACUCGCAUUAUAAACGCUAUAUAUGAUUUUGGCGGUUCGGUGCGUCACAAGGGUCUCCGACGCGAAAUUGAGGACUGGUACACACAGGGAUGUCUUCUUUCAAGCUCGGCCAUGUGGGAUCAAGACCAGCUUCCGUUUCACACCACUAUCACCUGGCUCAAUGUUCGCUAUCAAAAUCUGCUUUUGUUGCUUUACAGCCCUACUCAAGGGGGUCUUCCGGUGGAGAGUCACUUGUCAACACUACAAGGGGCAGCACAGCAGUACAUCCAGCUAAGUUUGAUCCUGCACGAGCAUCGCCAUUUACCCAUGAACUGGAUCAAUCUUUGUCGUCUUUUGUCUCUUACAGCAACUUUCUUUUACUGCGUGACAAGUUGGUCAACCCCUCCUUUGCAAGAGAUCCCCGAGAUCGGGUUCUUGGCUUCUUUGCUCGACUGCUUCCCAUCCGCGUGGAAAGCAGCUCAUGAGGGAUCUCAAAUUGCGCAACGCUUGGCAGACAUUGUUGUGAAACAAACUGCUUCUGCGAUUCCUCUUAGCCAAUCGCCUGAAUCUGUAAUAGGAGGCAGCUUAGAUACCGAGGGAUUACAGUCGAUUCAGGAUGAUCUAGAAGCGCUACUGAGCAGAACGCUCGGAGAGGCAAGCUUUUACGUCUGGCCGUUGAGGUCGAAGGUGGCAGAGAGAUGUGCUUCACACCAAAUUGCUGCUAUGAAUAGUAUUAAUGCUGCACUAGAUGGUGGACUUCUCGAGGCUAGGGUUGGGUUCCCGGAUAAUGGCACCCUUGCGCCAGCGCCAGAGGAAGGAGUUCAAACGGUUACUCCACUGGAGGCGGCACAAUGGGUCAAUAUCCUAGGUGGUCUGGGAUCCGAUAUGCUUUGA